AUGAAAGGAUUUGGAUUAUAUAUAGAUUUGGAUUAUGUUUAUCAAAUGCACAGCCAACCUAUUAAAAGAUAUUUUAUUCAAUUUACAAAUAAUAAUAAAUACCAAUCCAACCACGAACUAUUGCUCAAUAAUAAUAAUAGUCUCAAAAUUUAUAACAAUAACUAUCAUAAAAAGUCACAAAGUCGCAGAAACUCAAAUUCUUACAAAGUCUUUCAAUCUCUGGUAAAUCAGAUAAAGCAAAAUUCAAAUCAAUUGCAAGUUCAUGUAAAAAUUCAAAAAGUGUUAAUGGAUGUACCGUUCAGCUCUUAUAGACACAAGUGCACAGUUAUCAUGUAUGAAAAAAUAUUGGCAAAAUAA